GGUGGCAGUGGUGGAAGAAGAGGCGGCGGCGGCGGGGGUAGGGAGCCUGGAAACGCAAGCGGGGAUGGUAGGUGGUUUGGACCCGCCGGGCCGCCGUCGUUUCCAGAAAGGGUUUGACUGGAGGAACCUCUGGAGCAGCUGCUUUUGGACAAACUCUUCUGAAAGGUGGGCAACCUAGAAAGCCAGCUGAUGCCACUUGCUAUUGCAGUUGUGGGUCAAUGGUCAGAAGUAAACACAUUUCGCCACUUAACUGAAAGGGUGCUUGGAAAUUAGGGGAGCAGAUGAAAUGUUUGGUUGGCUGGCUCCUCUGGCUGAUGGCAUGUUGAGGUACAUGGGCCAGUGGCAGCGAGGGCAUCCAAUCCAAAGGGGGCCACUCUAGAGGCUGGGCCACCAGCACCAUGGGCCAGUGUGUCACCAAGUGCAAGAAUCCCUCAUCGACUCUGGGCAGCAAGAAUGGAGACCGUGACCCCAGCAACAAGUCACACAGCAGGCGGGGUGCAGGCCACCGUGAGGAGCAGGUACCACCCUGUGGCAAGCCAGGUGGAGAUAUCCUCGUCAAUGGGACCAAGAAGGCCGAGGCUGCCACCGAGGCCUGCCAGCUGCCAAUGUCCUCGGGAGAUGCUGGGAGGGAGUCCAAGUCCAAUGCCGAGGAGUCUUCCUUGCAGAGGUUGGAAGAACUGUUCAGGCGCUACAAGGAUGAGCGGGAAGAUGCAAUUUUGGAGGAAGGGAUGGAGCGCUUUUGCAAUGACCUGUGUGUCGACCCCACAGAAUUUCGAGUGCUGCUCUUAGCUUGGAAGUUCCAGGCUGCAACCAUGUGCAAAUUCACAAGGAAGGAGUUUUUUGAUGGCUGCAAAGCAAUAAGUGCAGACAGCAUUGACGGAAUCUGUGCACGGUUCCCUAGCCUCUUAACAGAAGCCAAACAAGAAGAUAAAUUCAAGGAUCUCUAUCGGUUUACAUUUCAGUUUGGCCUGGACUCUGAAGAAGGGCAGCGGUCACUGCAUCGGGAAAUAGCCAUUGCCCUGUGGAAACUAGUCUUUACCCAGAACAAUCCUCCGGUAUUGGACCAAUGGCUAAACUUCCUAACAGAGAACCCCUCGGGGAUCAAAGGCAUCUCCAGGGACACUUGGAACAUGUUCCUUAACUUCACUCAGGUGAUUGGCCCUGACCUCAGCAACUAUAGUGAAGAUGAGGCCUGGCCAAGUCUCUUUGACACCUUUGUGGAGUGGGAAAUGGAGCGAAGGAAAAGAGAAGGGGAAGGGAGAGGUGCACUCAGCUCAGGGCCCGAGGGCUUGUGUCCCGAGGAGCAGACUUAGUGGCUCUGUCCCAGGAGCAGCAGCAAGGAUCUGCCCGCUGCCCUGCAGCCAACCGAGGGAUUGGACCUUUUUGGAAAUUACUGAAGAUCCGGAUAUUUUCUACUUUACACCUUUCUCUGCCUUGUAUCUGAAAGGGCUCUAAAAUGCUGUAUCAAGUUUUAGGCACUUUCUUCAUUUUUUGGUUAUUUUGGUUAUUUCUGUUUUGGGGGGAGAUCUCCCAAAAUAUUUGAACCUGGCUACAUGUUGUGUAUCUUUUUUUGAAGCCUUCAGAUAGAAUAAGCCUGCCAUUUCUUGCACAAAUUAGAUUUUUUUUUUGUGGGGGAGGGUUUAGAACAGGGAGGGGGGAUGGGACUGUUAGGUUGAAUUAACAUUACAAAAUGAUACAGUGCCAGAUCUCAGUUUUGCAUAUUGUUUUUCAGGGCAGGUCUGUACUGUGUGUAGUGCUGUUUACAUGGUUGAAUUUAGGUUGUAAUAAUUAUUUUUAAAGAUUUACACAGAUUUGAAUAGCAGUGUUAACUGUUAGCCACAUUGCAUUAAUUACCAGGCAAUUUAGAGCUCUUGGAGAGCCAUGGCCAGCCAAGAGCAUUUGUAGUCUGGUGACAACCCCCCUUUAAGCUAAUUUAUCCAGAACCCGUAUUUCCCUCACUUCUUGCUCAUUCAUUCCUUCUUUGACCUAUUGCAUUUCAUGUUGAGUUUAUCCAUCAACAUGCUGCACCUGUCAGUCAAGUGAGCAUUUUUUAAGAACACGUACUGAGAACCACUUAAGCAUUGAAUGCAGAGAAAGCAGUGCUACCUCAGUUUUGCUGGAAGUAGACUUCUUUGAUAGUUUUCUUUCUUUGAUGAAGUUUCUGUAUUUUCAUGUUGUAAGUGGAAAUACUUUUUUUUGUUUGUUUGUUUCAUUUGCCUUGGAGCCAAAGUUUCUGUUCCUGGUGGUCGGGAAACUGUCUGCCGGCCAACUGACUUGAAGGAAAACUGUGGUAUGGAGCUCUGCUUGAAUUUAAGUUUGUUUUUUUUUUUUAGUUUAGUUUUUUCUUUGAGUAUCAUCAGCUUACUUGUCUGGCAAGGGCAGAAGCCUGGGGUUGGCCUGAACUCUGCCAAACAAAUAUCAAAGUGUAUUUAAUAGUUAAAUUUGUGCCCUUUCCCUUCUUGCUGCACCCAUGUUGUCACGUAACCCCCAGGAGUUAUUUAUUAUCUUUUUGUUAAAGUCAGGCUCAGUUGGGGUAAUGUGAUGACUGUUUAGGUUUACAUGACCCUCCUCUCCUUUCCCUACCCCCAAAUAUGUAUAUAUACAUAUAUAAAAUAUGUAUAUAUUUUACCUAUAUAAAAUAUAUAUAUAUACACAUAUAUGUAUCUAUAUUCCUUUGUUUCUUUGCCUGUUUAAACUGGCCAUAAAAGAGGGAGCUGCCUUCAAUGUAUAAAGUAUAAGAGUGCCAGGGAAUGCCAUAAUGGAGGCUUCUGGAUCUGAAUUUGGACCAUUUUCACUAAAGAGGAGUUGGCUUAGCCCUUUCCUCACGGGAGGGAGGGCCUGGUUCCCCAGACUUCUCCACGUGCCAGCUCCGUAAGGCCAGCUUUGGCCAAACUGCCAGAGGGGCCUGAGGAGCUGACUUUGGUCCUACCCAGUUUCAGUUGGAGGGUCCUCCUGUUAUUUUUCCAUUUAAAAAGUAUGUCCUCAGAAAACUGUACUGGAAGGAUGGGUGGCAGGAACUUGUAUAGUUCAGCUUCCAACACUUUGGAACAGAUUAAAAAGGGAAUCUUUUAAAUAAAAACUUAUAAAAAUAUUUUAUACUUUUGAGGUGAUGAGACUUUGUCUAUUAAACAUUUGGAGGUUUCUCCCCUAACGAAUACCCCUCUACCUCCCAGGAAUGUUUCCCAGCCUGGGCAGGAAUUGCAUGUUUUGAGUUCCAUUGUGAAUAGCUUACAGCUCUGGGCUCCCAUCUUAAGGAUUAAAGAGUUUUGGCAGUCAGUAUUUUUCUAAAAUUGAUAUUGACAAUAGGGAACAUACUUGGAAUUUUUUUAAUCCUAAUCCUGACAGUUCCUCUUUCACAGGGGCAAAUGGGAAACUUUAAGCUCAUCCAGGGUACAGUAUUGCCCCAGAUGCCUGGCUGCUGUUCUAGCUAAAUAAGACUCCUGAAUAAGUCUCCAGGGGUCCCAGCAGGUUCUGUAGGAUCUUCUGUAGCAGGGAUACCCAGACUGAGGUUUUAAAAUGGCCGCUUUUUUAUUGAGCCAGUUUGCAACUCAUUUUUUCUGGUUCUGGAUUGGGUAGUGGUUGACUGAGGGAAAAGGCAGGCUGCUCUUGGCCAGAUAAGGCCCUUUCCAUCCCAGAUCAGGGUGUAUCAGAGAGAGAGGCACGCAGAAGAGGAAGGCAACCCAGGACCCUGAGUACUCUGGAGAAACUAGGUUCCUUCCCCAUCCUGUAAGAAGACAUUCCAUGCAUUAGUUAUACUAGAGUGGGUGGAUUUUGUUGUUUUUUAAAAUUAACUAUUUAGCUUCCUCAUCCCCCACCACAAAAGCCAUUUAGUUAUUUUUUGGUUAUAUUAAUCCAUUUGCAAAGGAGAAGCCAGAAAAGGGAGCAGUCAGGGAGGGACUUACAAGUUCCUUCCAAGUUUGAGUACUUGAUACUCAGCAAAGAUUUCAAGCUUCUGCAGUAGCUCUGGGCCAAUGCUCUCAUGACCACAAGAAAUGCAGUUUUUUUCUGCAAAGGGAUCCAAGGUGAGAUGUGUGUAGUGUUUGAAGUUAUACUUCUGGGAAAUGAAAAGCCUUGUUCCUUUCAACCUAGAAAUAGGUUUGCCACUUAAUGAGUGAGCAGUAAGUCUGUGAAAGAGACCGAAUGCGUGCCCCUCAGGUAAGCUAGUAUACUCCUUGCUUAGCAAUAUAACAUCAGGGUGAUGUGGAGAGGGGCAGGAUGUGGAUGCCACUUUGGAAAUUGGCAGCAUCUGAGGGUGACAACAAACCGUUGGGAAAUAAGAAAUAACUUGGUUUUGACAAAUGGCUUUGUCUGUGAGCUUCUGUGAUGUUUCUUUAGCAAUUUAUUAGAAGGCUGGUAUGAGAUGACGUGCUGCUUCAUUGCAUGCGCUUUCCCCCAUCCUUGCCAAAUCCGAAUGUAUCAUUCUAAUCCCACCUCCUAUAAGGGCCUUUGCUGUGUUUCAGCUGGUUGUCUCAGCAGGUGAAGUGCUGCCCACCUGUGGGAGUUGGGUCCAGGAACCCAUGUCUGCCCUUCUGAUAAGGGAAGACGAAUCUAGAGCUGGGUGAAGAUCUAAAUUUUAACCAAACCUCCGUGCCCAAGAAAAUAACAAUUGAAAAUGCACAAGACAGUGUUUUCAAUAUUAAACUUCCUAAGGAAGGCACAAACUAGUCUUUUUGGAAAGUAAGAAAGGAUUAAGCCACAGAAUAUUAGUCUUUGAAGCAGUAUUGAUCUCCAGGGGCUGGUGCCAAAAUUUAGUCCCGAAUGCUGGAGGCUGUAGGAUGUGGGACCCCAUAGUACACUUGAUGGCCUCAUAUACUAUAUACCCUGCCAAACUAUAUUAAACAGAGGUGGGAAGUUACUGGGGUAAGAACUUGUCUACAAGUUUGCAAACCAAAACAGAUCUGUUAGGUUGGUGCAAAAGUAAGGCAAAAACCACAAUUACUUUUACACCAUUUACGAGUGUUCAGUUUGCCAGAUUCCAAAUGAGGUCUUCAGUGUAGCAAAGCCCAAAAGUUAGAUUCAAUUAUGCAAUUAUAAAGUAAGGCAUGGAAAGAAGCUGCUGCUAGGUUUUUGUUGCCUUUUACUUGACUGCUUUGCUAUUUUUUUCUUUCUCUCAUGUUUGGUUAGCUAUGACUUGAGCAUCUUGGUAACUGACAAAGGUCUUCCUUGGGGGACUUGAACAUCUUGGUAAAUGACAGAUCUUCCUUGGAGGACUCCAGCAGUAUCUUGUUUAAACAGCUGAAAGGACUGUUAGGCUGUUGAAUUGUGUUAAUUGGGACUCACUGAGGAAAAGCAACAUUGAUCCUCCUUAUUCCACAGUGUGUUUUCUGAUCAUUUAAAGGAGGUUCCCAUCCACCUACCUUCAGUUUAUUCUCAUGGUAAGCCGUAAUUACAUAUCCAGUUUAAACUGGACUGGAACUGCAUGUUGGUGAGGAUCAGCAGGGGUUUUCCCCCUUUUCAAAAGACAAAAUAGAUUCUUGAGCACUGGUUCCAGAAGCCAAAAUAGUUUAAAUAGCUUUGCAUAACCAUUGGGUUCUAAUUCUGAUUCAGGUGCUGGGCAUCAUGUCCUCCCUAUUCUUCUUGGAAACCCAGCCUAUCUCAUAGAUACCUACUUCCACCACCCAUCUAACGUCCCUGCUUCUUUCAACACAAAUCUUGGAUAUUGCCAAAGGAAGCCAUUCAGCAGCUGCUGCGGUUUUUCAUCCCCACUGACACGCAAACAUUUGCUCUGGGAGAAGUGUCUUCCCUCUGACCUUGCUCCCCAGCCCUGUCUGUGAUUAAUUGCUCUUACCUGUUGCACUAAUGAAUAUGACUCUAUUUUUUUUUUUUUUUGACUCUAGGUUUUAAAGGGGGAAUGUAAAGCAAUAGGCAAAUGGGGCUUAGAUGAAUUGGUCCCACAGAUAUACCCUGCCUUAAGCCUCUGAGGUGAUGAGUCCACUGCUCAUGUGACCCUCCACCUUUGUGAAUCCCUCUUGGUUUGUGACCAGUGUGUCUAUUUGUUGAGGUUGUACAAACUUAACAAAAGUUAAUACUUUUGUUUGUAUUCGCUGCACUGUUGCACUCUCCAAAUGGCCCCUUGAGUAUUUUUAUUGACUUGUUACACACAUUUUUGUCUUUGAUGUCUACAUUUUUUCCUUUAAUGUUUUUUAUUUGGAAGGUUACCUGCUGUUGGAUUUAAUAAAUUUGUUUACUUGAUUAUUGA